UUUAUUUACACCAAUGUUAAAUCCGAUGAAAGAGCGUUUGAUCCUUUUCUGUGUGGUUUUACAGUUCACUCCAGAUGCAAUGGGUAAUCUAAAACAGAGAAAAGCAUAAUGUUGACCAUCAAUAACUAGAUGAAGAGACGUGUUUCGUUUGCUUCCCUUUCGUUCUGAUGAACAAAAUCAUAUGCAAAUCAAUUACAUUUGUGUCUGCUAUCUUAAAGGUGUACUGGUAAACUCUCCAUGUACAAAAACGUCUGAUUGGAAUACCUACCACAUCCUCUGUCCCACCAAUCAAACUAUUUAUAUUAAACGGCACGUGAUUGAGGAUGGUUUUAACGGACUGAAGUUCCCAGCCCUCGGGUGUAGCGCCAGUGAUGGCGUUUACUGUGGUGUCGAACUACCAACUAACAAUAUCAAUCUUAAAAACUACCACAUUUUGGACUCGGCCGUUGAUAUAUGCAAUGGACGAAAAGAGUGUUACUUGACCAAAAAAUAUUUUCUGGAGGCUGAAGCGGCUCUGAAGAAGUUUUGUAAUGCCUCACUACGACCCGAGUUACAGAAAACAACUUUUCGACAGAGUAUUGACUAUGAAUGUGUUCAAGAUUCUCAGAUCAUGGACAUGUGUUUGACGGAAAAUGAGAUAAGGCAUUUUAAUCAACCUGUGUAUUUGAGGGUUUUGGACGCAGACUGUACCUGUAACAUUACUGGAUCUGUUACUCGUGUUGAGAUAUUACAAACAAUGUCUGUCAAACUUCUGAUUCAAUCUAAUGAUAGCAACAGUUUUGAGCAUCAAAACACGGACGUAAGUUUAUACGGAGUUGAUAUUCCAGUUCAAGCAGACAACCUGAUAAUAACAACAGAAAAUGGAUCAAAAUCAAGCUUGGCUAUGAUGAAAAUCGUCAGUAAAGGGAGCUUUUCAAUUCAAUGUUGCAAUUGGACUUUGAGUUCAAGGUCUGAGCACAAUAUAGGAUAUAGUAGUCAAGCUUCAGAUCUACAGUUCACAGGAUCCUUAUCUACGAUAAAAAAUACACCAUUCGAGGACAAUCGAAUUGCAACCAUGCAGAAUUUAAUGAAUAAUGUGACAGACAGAGAAACAGGAAAUCCAGUAAAAUUCUGGAUACAGGGCCUUACAGUGAUCCUUAUUUUCUUUGCUUUGUUGGUCGUUUUUCUGCUGCUGUUAAAUAUUAUUCAGCAAAAGAAGGAAAGAUAUUUGCUGCUGAAAAUACUACAGAAACUUAAUGACAGGUGCCCAGAAUUAAACGAUGAACAUUGUAGAACAGAAAUAAGUCCUUCCGAAGACGAUAAGAACUAUCAGGAAAUUUCAAACCAGUUCCUCUGCCAUCCAAAUACAAAACAAUAUACUAAUUCCGUGUACGAAACAGAUUGUAUGGUUAUGGAAAACUCUGGAGUUGAACAAGAUGACGCGGGAUGUAAUAUGACGUCACUUGAAAGUAAAAGUAACGGUUCUAUGCUGGUAAAUAACGACCCAAAUGGAGUUUAUGAGCUACAAAAGAUUACCUGAAUAAUGUCGAUUAAUACAUGUAUGUAAUACAUGUAUGUCAACUUUUAAUUAAUUGACUGCAUAGUGGAAACUAUACAUGGACUCUCACAGAUUUUCAGAAAUAUGCAAUCAAGAAUUUGUUUUUACCAUUGAAAUGAAUCUGUUUUCCAAUAAAUUGCCUUGACCUUA